GAGACCACUGCCCCCUCUUACGCAGACAACUCCCAAGGCUAAAAGUCUUUAUAGCUGACCUCUUCCAUGCUCUGUGGAAAAGUAAUGAAAGCUGCACUUUCAUCAUGUUCUGGAGCAAACUAUCAGGUCAUGGGGAACUCAUACACAGGGCACCUUCAGAGCUCACGUUUCGAGGAAGUGCUUCACAACUCUAUAGAAGCGUCACUGCGCUCCAACACUGUAGUGCCCAGACCUGUGUUCUCCCAGCUGUACCUGGAGGCAGAGCACAGGCCUUACUCUCAUGAUGGUCGGAUAGAUGAGGAAAAUGAUGAAGAGGAUGGCUCAGAUUCAAACAGCCCUCCAAUCCCAUAUCAGAUGAAGCCUCCACCAGAGGGCUCCUGUACCACUGAUGGGUUCUGUCAGGCAGGCAAAGACCUGCGGCUAUCGUCGAUGGCCACCGAGUUGUUUGAAGUCCCACCUGGGUUUCUGCUUGUCGGAGCAAAAUCUCCCAGCGUGCCUGAUCACAUUCUGGUGUGUGCAGUGGAUCUGCAGUUUCUCCCAGACAAAUGUGGACGCAAUGCACUUUUAGGGUUCUCAGGGAACUGCAUGGGCUGUGGCAAGAAGGGCUUCCGGUACUUCACUGAGUUUGCCAAUCACAUCAACCUGAAGCUUACCACGCAACCCAAGAAGCAGAAGCACUUAAAGUACCACCUGCUCAGGAACGCACAGGGCAUACUGGUCAAGGGACCACCAAUCUGCUGGAAGGGUAUAGACAGCAGAAUGAGACAUGCUGUCUCUAACAUUGCUGGUGGACAAGAAGAACAAUCAGGCCAUGGACCUACUGACCUGCUUCCCAAUUCAGGGCACACAACCUUGAACACAUUUAACCACACGGAUCUGAAUUCCCAUCUUCACAUAUCUGAGGGUUUUCCUCCUAUAACCAAUGUCAGUCAUGUUCCUGGACCCCAGCAGCCUCAGCCACAGCCUGGAAUAGUGGCUAAUGUCCCAGGAAGGCCCACAGUAACAGGCUUCAUGGCAAAUUCUGGGCCUCCAAAGAAGAGACAUAGGGGAUGGUCCCCAGGAUCCUCUGCUCCAACAGAAGCCACCCUCAGACCUAUUCCCACCAGCACCUUCAACGUCACUAAAUCAGCUGAUAGUGGGGCAUCAGGGUGUUUGUCUCUGGGCUCCUUGCCGCCUCUUGCCCCAGGUGAGAUUAUUACAGUGCCUGAUCACCUGCUCCAGACCUGUGGACUGCGGCCUGUCAUUUUUAAAGGGCACGGGACACUGCCACGUUUAUGUGGGAAUCUCAGGGAUGUGCUGGUGAGUGGCUUGAUGCAGAAAUGCUACCACAGCUCUCAAAACCUCCCGCGUGUCUACGAGCAAUAUGGAGCCGCUCCCAUUCAGCCCAUCUCCACUGAGAUGCAGAUCCUGCUGACUGUCUACUAUUUAGUGCAGCUUGCACCUGACCAGAUUCCUCUGAUGGAAGACCUGGAGCAGAUCUUCAUGCGCUCCUGGCAUGAGUCACACCUGACGGAGAUCCGGCAGUACCAGCAGACCCAUGUACAGUUUCCUUUUCCUCUUCCCUGCCUGGCCCAGCCCCUCACCCCCUCUCAGCUCCCCUGGCUGGCUAAACUCGCCACCAGCUCAUGUGGAGAAGGAGUCUUGGUGCUGGACACAGCGCCCUCUCUGGCCGAAGCACUGGAGGACACCUUUCACAGGCUUGUGGAUGGGAGAUUGAGCCAGACUAGUUAUGUGGUGGUCUUCUGCAUGAACAGGAGUCAGGAGAUAGAGUCAUGUGUGGUGGUGACUGGAAAGCACCAGACACGUGUGCUAGCUGAGAGCCUACUUUCUCCCGGUGAUUGUACAAGAGAGAUCACCCAUGAGCUGACUUCUGGAAUGGCAGCAGUGCUUGGGUCCUAUUUCAGUUCUCUUGGUCCAGAUGGAGAUGUGGAGGCUUUGCUGGAAAAAGCCAGUCCUGAAACAUCUGUCCAGUAUUGUGGUCUAGAACCAUCAGGAGACAGCCCUAAACCAACAUGUGCCGAAUAUUAUGUAAAGUGGCAUGAGAUUCGACCCAUUCAGCUCGCUAUGGCACGGAAGUUGCUCUCUCAUGUUUGUGCCAUCGCUGAUUCUAGCACACAGAACCUGGAUCUGGGUUCGUUUGACAAGGUUGAGUUCUUAAUCUGCGUUCCACCCUCAGAGGUCACCUUUCAUCAAGUCGUCCUUCACCUGUGGAACUCAGGUGUGUUACGGGAGUUAGGGCUCGACCAAGCCUGCUUAUCACUGAAGGAGGCUGAGCAGUACGUGGUAAAGCUAAACCAGAGCGCAGUGGGAAGGAUCAAUAGCCUCAUUCAGAAAUCCAAGAUGAACCCCUACACACUUUUCAUACUGGUGCAUGACCACGCACACUGGGACAUCAGCAGUGGACAGUACAGUGGAGGAGACUUAGGACUAGUGGACAGUCUGCUGAAUUGUAGGCAAAUUCGAGAUGCACCCAACAUCCUGACUCUCCACGUGACCUCGUUCCCUUUCACCUUGCAGACUCAGUGCACACGCAUCAGCCCUUACAAUGAGAUCCACUGGCCUUCUGCCUUCAAUAAUGAUAUGGAUCUCUAUCAUGAGAACACAAAGUAUUUUGGAGUAUCAGAGCUGUUGGAAACGACAUGCUCUGGUAGCGGCCUUCCUCUGUUGAGAUAUGACAGCUCGUUUGAGAGCAUGGCUACUGUCCUAGAAGAGAGGUUCCCAAAGCUGCACAGUGCGGUGAUUCGCACCCAUGUGCUAAUCCAGCAUUACUCUCUGGCUCUAAUGGCAACAGCGGGCAGGCAGGCCUUACAGGAUCUGCAGAAGCACAUCUCAGUGGAGACGCUGGAGAUGGUACAGUGCCUCCUCAACACAUCCCAGCGGUGCCCCAGCCGCCAUGGUCACAUGCUGCUCCUGAGAAUCCCCUCGCCCGCCCUCGCUGCCUUCGCUCACCAGCGCCUCUGUCAUGUCCGCAACAGACUCGGCCUCCACAAGCAGUUUGAGAUCAUUCUAGGGGAUCCGUGUUCAUCUCUCACUGUGGGAAAACACUUCCUGGACCAGCUGAGGGUCUGGCUAAAGGUCCUGGAUCCAGACUGGGCACCUCGCACCUAUCUAGAGCUGGAGGCCUUACCCUGUAUCCUCAUCUUAACUGGCAUGGAUCCAUUUGGCGAAUCUUUACCCAGGUCUCUGAAGUACUGUGAUCUGCGUGUUAUCAGCUGCUGGUCACUACAGCGCACUACUCUAGAGCAGGAGCUGGGACUGGCUGCAUACUUACUGAAGGAAAAACAAGACACCCAACAAGGGCCCCAUGUGCCCAGUGACCUGUCUGUGAGUGACCCUGAAAAACUCAGCAGCACUGACAAUGAGGAGGAGGAGGUUGUGGUGGAUGUAAACAACGAUCAUCUCAAUAGCCAGGGAAAUGUCUCUCCAACUGGCUCCCAGCACCUCCAAUCAGACUGGACUCCUCUAGACCAAGAAAAGCAGCCAAACCAGAGGCGGCAGUCCAAAUCCACCUCUUCCGGCUCUUCGUCCUCUUGGGCUUCUCCUCUACGGCAGAGCUGCUCCUGGGCUUGCAAUCUGAGCCACCCACCUGUGGUUCUGCUCCCCAAGGUUGUCUUUGACCUCAUCACCACUGUGGAUUCCAGUGGCCUUUCCAAAUCCACCUCCUUCCUCCCUCAUUCCUCUGUAGAGUGGGCAAGCUCCUUUAGACCCCUCCUUAGCAAGAUGAUGACUUGCACAGAGCAGUCGCUGUACUAUCGGCAAUGGACCAUUCCCAAGCCCCACCAUAUGGACAGCAGUAACCAGAAUGAAGGACGCACCGACAACUUCCACCCAAGGAGGCUGCUUCUCAGUGGACCACCACAGGUGGGGAAGACUGGGGCAUAUCUGCAGUUCCUAGGAAUUCUAUCUCGGAUGCUGAUCAGACUUAUGGAGGUGGACAUCUAUGAUGAGAAGGACAUCAACUGCAAUUGUGGAAGAGAUUUGGUACCAUAUAAUCAGGCCAUUGCAAUGUGGCCCAACAGAGAUACUGUUAGAGGGAUGUCCUUCGAUUACACCAUCCAUGAUCCAAAAUAUGAGGACAUCAGCAUGAUCUACUCACCAGACUUCACUCCAAAUGCAGAUGAUGGAAACUCCAGGCGGCAAGAGGAUAUGUAUCUACGCAGACGCACAGCACGGAUUAAACUCUCCAAAUAUGCAGCAUACAACACGUACCAUCAUUGUGAACAAUGUCACCAAUAUAUGGGGUUCAAUCCACAGUACCAGCUGUAUGAGUCCACCCUACAUGCCUUUACGUUCUCUCACCUUCUACUUGGGGAGGAAAUCCAACUGUACUUCAUCAUUCCCAAAUCAAAAGAGCAUCACUUCUUCUUCAGCCAAUCAGGAGGACAGUUAGAGAGCAUGAGACUGCCCCUUACCUCAGAUUGGAAUCCCGAUGCUGUCAAAAGUCCAAUAUUCACACCCACCACGGGUCGCCACGAACACGGCCUGUUCAAUCUAUAUCAUUCCAUGGAAGGAGCCGCUCACCUGCACAUUCUGGUCAUUAAAGAGUACGAGAUGGCCGUCUACAAGAAAUACUGGCCCAACCAUAUUAUGCUUGUCCUGCCCUCUAUCUUUAACGGAGCUGGAAUAGGAGCAGCUCAUUUCCUGAUUAAAGAGCUGUCCUAUCAUAACCUAGAGUUAGAGCGGAGCCGGAGAGUGGAGCACGGCAGUCGACCACAAGAUGUCUGGCCCUUCAUCAUCCUUGCAGAUGACUCCUGUGUCAUGUGGAACAGUGUUGAUAUAGACCCAAAAAGUGGUACUGAAGGCACAGAAAGAAAUGUGUCUUUGAAACAAGUUCUUCAGCACAUGGAGUCUUCUCCAGACAUCACUCAAUAUGGCUUAUGUGGGAUGAGGAAGUGGUCCAGUUGGGGUGUUGGGGUCGGACGGCAGAAAGAGCCCUUCUCACGAGGACACCUACAUGACUUUCUUCUACUCAACGUGGAUCUAACCCAAAAUGUGCAGUACAGUCAGAAUCGUUUCACAUGUGAUGAUGUGGAUUUCAACCUGAGAGCCCACAGCGCAGGUCUCCUUAUUUGCAGGUUUAACAACUUCAGUGUAAUGAAGAAGCAGAUUGCCAUCGGUGGAUAUGGUACCUUCAUCAUCAAGACAAAGAUGACAGAUGUACCCACCACAAUCCGGCCAUCUCAGUACAUCUGUGCCCCAGACAGCAAGCACCUGUUCCUGGCCACACCAGCUCAGCUGCUGUUGGAGAAAUACCUGCAGCACACCAGUCAUCACCUGUUUCCCCUCAGUGCCCAGAGCUACGGCCACCCCGUCCUCUCUGUCGACUGUUACCUUAACCUCGGCCCAGAGGUGACCGUUUGCUUUGUUAGCUCCAGACCUCACUCCAUUAACAUUAGCACUACUGGACUGCUCUUCAGUGGCCUGCUCUUAUACUUCUGUGACUCCUUUGUAACUCCCGGAUUCCUCAAAAAAUUCCAGUUUCUAAAAGGGGCAACUCUGUGUGUGAUCUGUCCCAACCGGAGCUCUUUGCGUCAGACUGUAGUUCGGCUGGAACUGGAAGAAGAGUGGAGGUUUCGUCUCAGCGACGAGUUUCAGACUGCCAAUGCCAAAGAGGACCAACCUCUCUUUUUCCUCACAGGAAAACACAUAUGACUCUGCAAGCCCGAAGACUCAAUCUCUUUGUUCUCAUUAACUUGUUGUCCUGUCUGUAAAUAAUAUUAGCUCUGUAUAUAAUCCACAGGAUGUGCUGUAAAUUUGCUUCAUGACUUGUUGUUGUUUUUUCCCUGUAUCUGCUAUCUUCUAAAAGGGAUAGUUUACCCCAAAAUGAAAAUUCUGUCAUCAUUUACUCAUUCAGGGGGGUUGUUCCAAACCCGUAUGACUUUCUUCCAUGGAACACAAAAGGAAAUGUUAGCUUAGGUCACCAAUCACUUACAUUGUAUGAAAGAAAAAAAUAAAGAUGCCAUUUUUGUUUUGACAGGGGUUUGGAUAUACAUGAGGGUAAGUAAAUAAUGACAGAAUUUUUAUUUUUGGGUGAACUCGUCCUUAAAAAUUAUUAUACAUUGCACACUGGCACACUCUCAAAACUUUACUCACAUCUUUAUCAUUGUUUAAAAUUUAUUUAUUUACUGUGACCAUUCUAUGGUUUUAAUCUUUCUCUGUUUUAUUGUUUGGUGUUUAUUGUUGUUUUUCUGUCACAUUAUCAGCUUAAUACACUAUUAUGAAGUGUUAAAACAACAGAUUCAAGUAUUUUGUAGAAAAGAGUAUUUUUGUAGCAGUGUUUGGCUUGUUCUGUGAUGUGUGUGGAUGAGAGCGU